GCAGCUGUAGCAAAUGGAGAACUUUCCAAGCCAUCUCCCCCAUGCUGGAGUUGACCUGUACCUGUGUUCACUCUGCUUCUUAAGUCUAGAGUGAAAAAGAUCUUUGCUUCAUAAAGUGGAGAUGAAGGGAGGGCAUUUCAAUGAUACAGAGAUCUACAGCAGCGUGUUGCAAUGAAGAUUGACCUAACUGAAGCGAAAGCUUCCUGCUGACUCUUCUUCCCACCAUGGAAGCUUGCAGUCGGAUUUUGCUUUCUUGUGUGUUGGCUGCUGCUAAACGAUCCAAUAGUCUGUGUGUGACCUAGAGGGACAGUGUCCUCCUUGCUGCACUUAAACCACAAGCUAGAGUAACAAAGCCUGGAUGAGAGACAGAAACCACUCAGCCAAGCAUCUUGUCUCAGAGCAUGUGGAGGUUUGGUACCAGCACGCAAACGUCCGAAGGAAGUAUCAGGCUGACCUUCUGCCUUCUCCUUGGAAGCAAGUGGAGAACUUUCUGCUGCUUGUUUCAAGGGAAGGGCUCUGCUGCCAAGUGUUGCCUAUGAGGGAGAAGGAAAUCCCACCUGGUAACAGUGGGCAGUUUGUCUGAUCGACUUUGGUGGUGACCUUUCCUUCCUAGCUGUUUACUUCUGAACGUGAGUGUGAGUUAGUGCCUCCGUGUACAGACCUUUCUGGACUCACUGCAAACUAUCUGCAGCCUUGCCAGGCAGGAAAGCUUCUGGGUUUUCUUUAUUGAUCCUGCAGUUGUGUCCCUUCCUUUUGAGAAUGGUUCUGUCCCAUGGGCAUGACUGUUUCACUGAAGGAAAACUAAAGGUACUGAGGAUUCUAAAAGAUCAAAAUGCCUACAGAGCCAUGCAAACAAAGGUGUCACUGCUGAUAUAUGUGUGUCACAGCAGUCAGGGCCUUGGCAUGAUUGCUUAUUGGUUUAGGAUUGAUUGGCUCCCUGGAGUAAAAAAGAUUCCAAAGGUGCUGCACCUGGGCUGCCCUAGCAGCUUCGGCAUUACUUAGCAACACCACUGCUGUAAAUCCACACAGAGCCAUUUCAUUUCACUUUACUGCAUUACAGAUUAGUGAGCAACACAGCACUCUUCACAACUCACACAUCUCCACCAGAACCCAUCAGAGAUUCAGAGAGAUUCAGUAGCAUAGGAGAAAGUUAGAUGGAGAAGGAUUAAAAACAAGAGAAAUUCAUGCCCCAGUGUCUCUAUUUAUACUGUGCAAGAGUGAAGGCUCACUGAAAUAUCCUGGCCAGAAUUUAAUUCCCCAGAGAAGAAUCCCAGAGAGGAAAAUUGAGAAUUAAGAGGGAAAAAAACCCCCGACCCCCCAAGCCUGUUUGGCAUUCCCCUUCAGCUAGGUGACUAAAAACACAGCUGUCUGGUUCUACAUGAUGAGAAACUCGGGAACAAAGCUGGGGGCUCUCCAUCAUGGGGCUGGGAGGGGUUGAUCCUUACAACUCUGACUCCUGUGUCUUGCAUCUUCGAGUGCUUUCACAUAUUGCACAACCAAAAGUGUCGUGUCUUUAGUGUUCUUUUCCAAGGGGAAAUCUCCACCAGGUAUUGCAAGGGGUGGGGGUGAGGAGUGGUUAAUGAAAAAGAGUACAUGAUGCCUCUUUUUGUUUCAUCUCUGAGAUACAGAAGAGGGUCUAAAUGUUGACACAAUACUGCUUGUGAGGAACUGCUAGAAUAAAAAUACUUCCAGGAGAAAAAAAAAGGAACACAAACCAAAAUGCAGCUUCUUUUGGUAGAUUUUGCUUUCUUUUUGUGAACUGUGUCUCUGACUUGGUGUGCAGCUCAUACAAACUCAGCUUCUUGAUGAAUAACUUAGUAGAGGAAAAGGUGGAGCACUGAGCUGGCUUGCUUGAGGGAUCUGAGUUUCUGUGGUGCUUGCCUCUAUCAGCCUGGAGUGCUUUCUCUCAAAUCCUGGGCUGUGUUUCACAGACAGGACUUACAUGGAGCUGUCUCAAGUGAAAACAUAGAAUUCAUUGACUUUUCUGGACUUCACUCUCAUACUUCUAGUAGAACAUUUCAAACUCCACUUCCAGCAAAAGCUUUGGGUGUGUUUGCUGUGGGAGGAAUGUAAUGCACCCUGGGUUCAUACAUUCGUCUGGAGCUCACAUCCAUCUCAGCAGCAUGAGCAUGCUCAGGGUGCUGGUGCUGGAGGACUUGACUUUGCUGGAGGAAAAGUGCUUCUCACGAAGUCCUAACAGGAUCUUGGUUGAAUGAACCAUGUCCUAGCAGCUCCGGGGCCCCAUCGCAAUGACCUGGAGGAAGCCACCACCCAAGCUUGGUGGAAUCCCUUCUCAAACCACUGGUGGUGGUCAAAUCCUGGAGAGAAGACGCAAGGACCCACGCAAGCAACCAAGGCAGACCUGACCUCCAGUGGCAAUGGUUCAGAUGAUGAAGACUCUUCAGAGGAGGCGACUUUCCCAACAGUGUUUCCAGGCUGGGAUGGGACCAUGGCCAAGGACAAGCAUGCUCCAAGUACUACUCCGGGGCCCCAUCGCGAUGACCUGGAGGAAGCCACCACCCAAGCUUGGUGGAAUCCCUUCUCAAACCACUGGUGGUGGUCAAAUCCUGGAGAGAAGACGCAAGGACCCACGCAAGCAACCAAGGCAGACCUGACCUCCAGUGGCAAUGGUUCAGAUGAUGAAGACUCUUCAGAGGAGGCGACUUUCCCAACAGUGUUUCCAGGCUGGGAUGGGACCAUGGCCAAGGACAAGCAUGCUCCAAGUACUAUAACUGCAGUUGCCUCUGCUGAUGGUGCCCACCAUGAAGAUCCAACUCAGCCACCUCUGCCUUCAGACAGUGAACCAGGACAGGGCACAGAAGGCAUAGUGCACCCCACAGCCAUCCCUGGGAACGAGGCCCUCCACACGACCACAUCCAGCAGGGGCAAAGCUGGAGCUGAGCCUCCUCUGACGGGUACCUCCUCAGACCCCAUGGGGGAUGCUAAUCAAGAGGAAGCAACCAAGGGGCCGCUGUCGGCUGGCACUCUACCUGGAGGUGAAAGCCAAGGAGCCAACAGCACAGAGGGUUCCCAUGCCGGCUGGAUGCCUGGGCUCUUUCCAGAUGCUGAAGAUCAUCUCAACCAGUUGCAGACCUCUCCUCCUACAAUAACUGCAGUUGCCUCUGCUGAUGGUGCCCACCAUGAAGAUCCAACUCAGCCACCUCUGCCUUCAGACAGUGAACCAGGACAGGGCACAGAAGGCAUAGUGCACCCUACAGCCAUCCCUGGGAACGAGGUCAUCCACACGACCACAUCCAGCAGGGGCAAAGCUGGAGCCGAGCCUCCUCUGACGGGUACCUCCUCAGACCCCAUGGGGGAUGCUAAUCAAGAGGAAGCAACCAAGGGGCCGCUGUCGGCUGGCACUCUACCUGGAGGUGAAAGCCAAGGAGCCAACAGCACAGAGGGUUCCCAUGCCGGCUGGAUGCCUGGGCUCUUUCCAGACGCUGAAGAUCAUCUCAACCAGUUGCAGACCUCUCCUCCUACAAUAACUGCAGUUGCCUCUGCUGAUGGUGCCCACCAUGAAGAUCCAACUCAGCCACCUCUGCCUUCAGACAGUGAACCAGGACAGGGCACAGAAGGCAUAGUGCACCCCACAGCCAUCCCUGGGAACGAGGCCCUCCACACGACCACGUCCAGCUGGGGCAAAGCUGGAGCUGAGCCUCCUCUGACGGCCUCAGACCCCAUGGGGGAUGCUAAUCAAGAGGAAGCAACCAAGGGGCCGCUGUCGGCUGGCACUCUACCUGGAGGUGAAAGCCAAGGAGCCAACAGCACAGAGGGUUCCCAUGCCGGCUGGAUGCCUGGGCUCUUUCCAGACGCUGAAGAUCAUCUCAACCAGUUGCAGACCUCUUUUCCUACUAGAUCUACCUCCAGUAUAUAUGGCAACCAAGGACCACACAGAGGGUAUUAUGAAUCCACCACUUCCCCUGGAGAGACUGCAACAACAAAAAUCGUACCGCAAGCACGCUCAGCCAAGGUACCAGAGUGGCUGAUCGUCGUGGCAGCUCUGCUGGCGCUGGCGCUGAUCCUGGCCGUCUGCAUCGCCGUCAACAGCCGCAGAAGGUGUGGGCAGAAGAAGAAGCUAGUGAUUAACAAUGGCAAAGGGGCAGUGGAGGACAGGAAGACAAGUGGACUGAAUGGAGAUGCCAGCAAGUCUCAAGAAAUGGUGCACUUGGUUCAUAAAGAGCAGUCAAAUGACCAAACGGGAGCUUGUGAUGAAUUCCUGACUGUUAAUGAGACACAAAAUCAUCAAGAGCUGGACAUGAAGAGUGGAGUCUAAUGGUACUGAGCUGCCAAGGGAAGCAGAGCUGGGGAAUUCAAAACCAUGUGGAACUUGGACAGGAAUUCACAGAUGCACUGUGCUACUGAUGCCAUUUGAAUAUAAUUAGACAUGUUUCACUAGUUUUUAAUCACUCUUAAACGAUGUCUGGGUUACAAAAUUGACCUUUUCUUUCUGAAGUAAGCCCCCAGGUGUUGCAUAAAGCCUUCAAGUCCUAGUUCCUAUGCAGAGAGCACUCACUGCAUCCUGGGUGCUAGGAGGGAUGCAGGCUUACAUCACUGUUCCCCAGAUGGAGUCUUCACUGUGUGGAGCUGCAGAAGUAUCCAGUCCCUCCAUCUACAGGCAUCUAAGGUACUAUAGCCAUGGUACAAGAGGGAGUGAGGAGCAAACAUCCAGAGUAAAAGUUAAGUCUGAACCACAAAGGCUGCCUGUACAGUGUCUAAGCCACCAGAACCCUCCAGAAAUGCUUUGCAGCAGCAAGUGCAGUGGGCAUGUCCAGUCCUCCACCCUAAGCAAAAAGUGACACUUUGUAGUGACCUAUGGCUUGGUCUGCAGUGAGGGAAACCCAGAAGAGCAAAGUCCAUUGACCUUUUUGGGCUUUAAGUGGCUAUGGGCAUGCAGCAAGCUUUUCUGGGAGGUGGAAAAAGAUGAUGCCACAAGCAGACACAUCACAGCAGCCGCCACAGUUUCCCUUGAGAUUCUGAGGUGUGAGUUGCUCUUCCCCCUCCCUCCUUCCCCGCUGACAGCAUGUGCAGGUUCUUAACCAGUCUGUCAGUUGGGACACUGAAUGAAGCAGCAUGACCCCAGCUCUAUCACACAUGCACAGGUUAAGCAGUCAGAGACCAUUGGAGGAGAUGACAGUAUUGUAUUCCUGAAGGAGAGAUCUCUGUCUUCUUCUGCUCCAUUUUACUUAGGAGGUGCUGAGCCUAGUGAAACCUUUUGCCCUGUAACUGUUCCCUUACACCAGGCUGCUGGUGUCUUUCGAAGGUGCCUUUCUAUGAUGCAGAUCACUUCCUCUCCAUUCUAGUUCAUCUACAUUUCCCCAUCUUUUUGGGUGUUUUUUGUUUUAAUCCCAUUGCUUGCUGACUGGGGGUACCAGAAGUUCAAAUUCUACAGGAAAGAUCAAAGAAACAUAAAGGAAACUCUCCCAGCUGUGUAAUAUACUAAAGGAGCUGCAGCUGCAUUGUUAUUAUGCUUUUGUUUUGUCCUUAAGUGUCUGUUGUGUAAAGUAUUUGUAUUAAGCUAUGAUGCUGUGCAUUAUAUUGAUGUGGAUUGUCAGAAAGAAAAGUUAUUUGCUACCA